AUUGUUUAUUUUGUCCUACUUGCCUUGGUAGCCAGAAGCCAAUGACUUGAGAAAGUAACUUCAACUCCAAAGUCACUCUGAUUAAUUCAUAAACAAAGAGAUUAACAGGAACCUCUUGGUCUAAGAAGAUCAUUUUGAAUUAUAUCAGUAAAUCAUUUACAUCUUUGUUCUUCUGAGUUCCUGCUGGAAGCUCACUGCUUGAAUCCUUGUUACAACUUGCGGCUUAUGUUAAACAUAUAAACUCAGUACAGGACAGUGCUCUAGGGAGAGUGUUAAAGAGACGACGUUGCAGAAGCGUAAACUCGAGACCUUUGCUCAAGUGAGAAGAGAUUUCUGCCCUCCCAUCUCAUCCCUAGAAGGUAAGGUUUAGAGACAAGAGACAAUGGCUAUUCCAGUUCCAGAUCCUGUGGCUUCUGUUGUGUUGGAGCAAGCUUUUGCAGGUCUUAUGAAGGAAGUUGAAAUUGCACGUGACUUUGAAAGCCAAUUGGAGUUUAUGGAGCAAAGAGUAGAUAGUAUAAAGAAACUACUUGCAAACAGUGAUAAUUGCAACCAACAACUUAUCCAAGACUUGCCUAAAUUCAGAGAACUAAUGUAUGAAGCAGAAGACAUAUUAACAGACUGUCUAGUCAGGAAAGAAUAUCAAAUGUACAAUUGUUUUCCUCAGAAUUUCUUCUUCCACCUUCGAACAAGCAAGAAAAUAUUGCAUGUUAAUCGAAGGAUUAAGGCGAGAUUUGAUAUUUUAAAUGAUCGUUUGGGACUGCAAAGGAGCAGCAUCCUCAACAGGGUUAAAACAGAUUUGUUUAAAUGGAAUUAUGACUCAUCUGAUGAUACAAUCGGACUUGACAGUGAUUUGGAGAAGUUGAAAGGAUGGAUUUGUCGAGAAGAUUAUGUGCUUGAAAAGAUUGGAAUCGUGGGGAUGGGAGGCUUGGGAAAAACCACUAUUGCCAAGCUAAUUUAUAAAGAUGAAGAGAUAAAUGAUCAUUUCAAGAAGAAGAUUUGGAUUUCAGUUUCACAAACUUUUGAAAAGGAGGAGAUUUUGAAGAGCAUUUUACAACAAUUAGGAGAAACACAGUGUAAAGAACCUUUAGAUCCUAUUUUUAAACGGUUGAAAGAAGAAUCUUGUCUCAUAAUUCUUGAUGAUAUUUGGGAAAACAAGAAUUUCAGUUGGUGGAAGACACUUUUCUCUUGUUUUUCUGAAAAAGCUCAUAAAAGAAGUUGCUUUAUUAUCACAACAAGAGAUGAAGAAGUUGUAUCUGCUAUCGGAGUUGAAGAUUCGCGAGUCCAUAAGCUAAAAUUCCUUAGUGAAAUAGAUAGCUGGUCAUUGUUUUGUAGGCAUGCAUUUGUUAAGAAGAUCGACAAAAGCUCUCUGCAAAGUUUCGAGGCAUUAGGCAAUCAAAUAGUGGCUAAAUGUAAGGGUCUUCCAUUGGCUAUAAAGACAAUAGGAGGGUUAUUGGGAUCAACUGAUUCUUACCAUAAGUGGGAUGAAACUUGGAAAAGUUUUUGUAAUCCCAACAUUACGAAAGAAAAUGAUGUUGUAAUGGCAUCUCUGCUACUGAGCUACAAGGCACUCCCUUAUCAGCUAAAGCAGUGCUUGUUAUGUUUCUCUAUUUAUCCUGAAGACUUUGAGAUUGAAGCUGAAAAGUUAAUCCAUUGGUGGGUUGGAGAGAGUCUUGUGGAGGGUGAAGGCUCGAAAACUGCAGUAGAAAUGGGGUUCGAAUGCUUGUCUAAGCUAGUGAGAAGAUGCCUAGUUGAGAUUGUCCAGAGGCGAGGCUGUGAUGGAAGAGUCUACAAGUGCAAAAUGCACGACCUGGUACGAGAUUUGACACUUGUGAUGGCAAAAGAUGAGAAACACUGCUCUUUCAAUGAUGUAGGAAUACAAGAAUUGACUGAAACCUCCAGAUGGUUAGGUUUCAGAAGUGAAAUGGACGCCAAAUCAUUAAAAAAAAGUCCAAAGCUUCGGGCAUUGUUGCUAAUGAGUAGCGAAUGUGUUCCUUUGGACAAAAAUUUGGCUUCACUUCAUUCUCUCAGGGCAUUGGACUUGUCUAACAACAAGUUAGACACUAAUGCUUUAAAGAACCUCCUGAAUUGGAUUAGUUCACUCAAACGCCUCGCCUAUCUAAAUCUGAGUGGAUCAGAAGGCCUUCAAGAAGUGCCAGAUUCGAUUUCCAAAGCCCAUAACCUUCAGCUAUUGAUUUUAAGUGGAUGCACUAAUCUAUCAAAAGUGAGCUCUUCAAUCACUUGUCUAAAGAAGUUGCUAGUGUUGGACUUAAGCUCUUGCGAGAGGAUUCGAAACCUACCUCGCGGACUGGGAUAUAAGCUCUCCCAGUUACAAGAACUGUCUGGAUUAAGACUCGUAAGUCAGACUAACAAAAAAUGGUGUUCAUUUUCUGAGCUUAGUGAACUAGGUGAGUUAAGGGUAUUGCAAAUUCAUCUGAAUGAAGAUAGUGAAAUAACUGUAGAGGAAGAGAUUGUUCUAUCAAAGCUUAAAAAACUUAAGCUACUAGCUAUUGAUUUUGAUUCUGAAAAUGCAAAAGGGAAAAGUAUGCUAGAGUUUCUCGAUCCGCUUUCCCCUCCCCCAGCACUUGAGCAGUUGUACCUCAGGAGAUAUUGCCAUGAAAGGUUGCCCAACUGGAUUAGUCCUGAGAAUCUCCCUAACUUGAAAUAUUACCAUGUUGACGAUGGAACAAUGGUUCGUAUCUGCACCAGUAGUGGCAGCACUUGGAAAGUGGAGAAUUCACAAUUAAAUAAUAAUUGUUAAGUUAUAUAUGUGGAGAUUAUUGGUUGUUCCAUAAUUAGUGAAUUGAUUGUAAUGUUGUUAACUUUUCCUGAGAUUUGUUACAUAAGUCUAAAGCUUUCUACGAAAAACAUUAUUACAAUUCUCUUCGUUUGCCCAUGUAAUUGAAGUGGCUCUUG